AUGUUAAAACUCCUUUCACGAGCGUCGCCCGCGAGAAGUUGCGGAGAAGAUGUUUUCAACAUUUUUUGUCUAUUAUUGUCUUCAGCCCAUCUUCAUGAAGCAUCAGCUGAAUACGAGCAGACGUCGCGUUACCUCAGAGACUCGUCUCCUUUAAUACCCGAAGGCAAGGAGCCCAUUUUGAUAUGGUGGACAAAUGAUCUCUUUCCGCAUGACCGCCGACAAAAGAAUCACCAUAUUGUCUGCGAGAAAGGCUCAUGCAUCACCUCGAUUGACCGCGGCCUCCAAAACGACCCCGCCACGCGCGGGUUUAUCUUUUACGGCACAGACCUCCGCGCGGACGACUUGCCACUCCCGCGCAGGCCUUGGGACGAGUGGGCGAUUUUCCACGAGGAGUCACCAAAAAAUAACUGGAUGUUGACAUACGAGGACGCCCUAGUGUAAGUAUGGUGGGAAUGGAAUUGUUAUCAGUGUUCUUGUAGAGGGCUGAAAUCUUGAAAAUUUACAGAGAUUUGUCCACCACUGUUUAAGACCCGGAGAACUUUCGAAAAUACAAACAAAGUCGAGGAAAAAUUGUUUGAAGUCUAUAGCUCUUUCCAGCGUGUAGUGAGUGGCUAACUCUAGUGUCUGAGAUUUAUUUUAGAACUGCACGCGCCUGCUCAUUGUGACUUCUGUUUGAUAUUUUUAGUCUUUUUAAUCACACUGCAACAUUUCGCCGUGAGUCUGAUUAUCCACUUUCCACUCACUACAUCAAAGAUCUGAAUGACUGGACGGAUACGCCCGCGGUACCCAUCCAAGAGAAAAACAGGUCAGUAAUUUUCUUAUACUUCUACCCCAAUCUCUUUUCUCAUAUUUAUUUUUCACUUGAGAUUGCCGAGAAGUAAAAAUUCAGGUUGCUGUCCUUAGUUAGUAGGGGUAACGACAUUGAUAGUCAGUUUACGCUACAUAACCGUAAUAAGUUGUGGUUGUUAUGCCUUCGGUGACUAGAUUCAUUAACAUUAAACCAUCGUUUUUUGAUACGUAUUUCAGAAAACCUUAUCUCUCUCUCUCUUUCCUAGGUUACAAAAAGAGAAGGGUCUUGCGCCUAUUGUCUACGUGCAAAGUGACUGCCACACACCGUCAGACCGCGAGAGAUACAUUAAAGAACUGAUGAAGUAUAUUGAUAUUGACUCCUACGGCCGUUGCCUGAAUAACCGUAAAAUGCCCGCGGAGAUUGACGGCUUCUUGAAGCUUCAGGAUCCAGCUUAUUACGAGUUUCUUGCUCAGUAUAAAUUCAACGUCGCGUUCGAGAAUGCAAUUUGCAACGAUUAUAUGACAGAGAAGCUGUUCCGACCGUUUCAAGUUGGCGCGGUGCCCAUAGUCAUGGGAUCGCCUGUGGCAAAAGAUUGGAUGCCAAACGAGCGAUCGGGGAUUUUUGUGAGCGACUUUAGUGAUCCAAAAGAACUUGCAGAGUUCUUAAAACAUCUUAAUUCGAACGAUGCUGAGUACGCGAAGUUCUUAGAGUACAAGGAUCCAAAGCGAAUCACAAACGAGUUUCUACACAAGUCCUUGAGAGAAAGACCGUGGCGUGUGUUGGGGGAAUGGGACAAAGUAAACUUCGGUCAUCGUAUGUACGCUGGGUUUGAAUGUCACGUGUGCGACCGUGUUAUUGAACGGCAAGAGGCACUGCGCGCUCAUCAAAAAGAUCCAAACCGAAAUCCACCGCCUCCCCCUCGGUUUGCUAAUAAGGAACACCUCGAGUGUCCCGAGCCAACGAUUUCCAUAGCAACUACAGAGAGGGUUAAUAAGAGUGUGAACUUCUGGGAAGGGUUGUAUGAAGCGCGGGCACUUAAGCAAAUGGUUUUAGCUGGAGAGACGAAUAGCACAAAAUUUAUAUCAAAAUACCUGAAAAGACGAACAGACAAAUACGACAAAUGGAUUGAAUGAUAAUCCUUCUCUCAACUUAAUUACAGUUAGGAUUUCCUUGAUAGCAUGUUUAUUAUAAGUUGGAUAGAAAUAAAUAAAUAAAUAAAUACAAGCAAG